UAUGAUAACUUAAUAAAAUGUCAAGAGAGCAAACUUCAGCAUAAUUUGUCAAUUUGUGGACUACGCGAGUAGUUUUACGUUUUGUUUAGUUCAAUUAAGUCGUAAAACUAUUAUUGUUUUCAGUCAUCAACAAUGCCUUAUGCCGGUAACUGUAAUCAUUAUGCUUAAUUUAAGCCUUCAAAAUUACAUCUAUAGUUAUAUAAUGCUCCUAUAAUUACCUACUAAUUACAAAAGUUGAUAGAAUAAUGCAAAAUGAAAUUAAUUUUACAUUACAUAAAAAGAAGAGUAUUACUACAUUGGCUAUUCAAAAUAUGUGCAUUAUGUGCGUUUUUAAUAGUUGGAAUCGUCGCUUAUAUUGUGUUCUUUCCAGCAAUAAUUUACAUCAAAUCCAAUGAUAUACCAAAUUAUUUAGUCAACACCAACACUGGUGAAAAUGAGAUGUCGAACAUGAGCAUUUGUCCAAUAGCUCAAAUUAACGAUCAACUCGAACUUUUACAUGUACAUGACAAUGUUAGUGAAGAACAAUUAAACUUGCUGUCACAAUCGGUUUCACCUGGUGGAAAAUGGGCUCCUAGCAAUUGUAUAUCUCAACAUCAUACAGCAAUUGUGAUUUGCUAUCGUAAUCGAACAGAACAACUCAACAUAUUCUUAUAUCAUAUGCAUUCGUUUUUACAAAAACAAAAUAUACAAUAUGAAAUAUUUGUUAUUGAACAAACAUUUGAUGAAGAGUUUAAUCGAGGAAAAUUAUUUAAUGUCGGUUAUCGUGAAAUUACAAUGCAAUCGUCAGCUGGUUGUUUCAUUUUUCAUGACGUCGACCUGAUGCCAGAAAAUAUCAAUAAUAUUUAUGGCUGUACAAUUUACCCCAGACACAUGAGCACUAGUAUUAACAUUUUCAAUUAUACUUUACCAUAUCGCACUAUAUUCGGAGGUGCAAUUGCUUUAACACGAAACCAAUACUACAAUAUUAAUGGUUUUUCUAACGUGUUCUACGGGUGGGGUGGUGAGGAUGAUGAUAUGUUCAAUAGAGUUUUUCAUGAAGGUUAUAAAGUUUGCCGAUAUCAAUCGUACAUAUCCAGGUAUACCAUGUUAGCACAUAGCAAAGAAACACCAAACGAGAACCGAAUGAAUCAACUAAGAAAAGGCUACCAACGAUUCAAAACGGAUGGAGUGAACUCGGUUACGUACAAAUUAAUAUUGAACCAAAAAUUACCAUUGUACACUAGAAUAUUAGUAAGCCUAUGAAGUCAAAAUGUUUAUUAAUUAUUAUUACUUGUUUUAGCUUUAAUUAUAUAAAUUGUUUUUAAAUCGAGAAUUGAAAACAUUACUAAAAAAUACACUGGAACAAUAUAAAAAGGUUUAUUCACCUGGUAAGUUUGGUAACAUUUUAAAUCCUAUUACUCUACUUAUGACAAAAUUAGAUUAAAAGUUAAAUUAUAAAAGAGAAGUCUGAUUAUAUUUGUAAUACAUACCAUUAUAUAUUAUGUUAGCAUGUAUGAUGUAUGUGUCUAUGGUAAAAAUAGUUAUUCAGGGUUUAAUUAUAUAUGUAUUAGAAAUAAUG